AUGUCAGCAGAAACAGGUGAUAAAAAAGCAUCCUCAUCAGGUCUUACCACAAAGGAGAAGGAAAGUGUUCUGAUUAAUGUUGAUGGGGCUAAUUCCUCCAAGGAGUUGCCGGCUGUUCGUAUAGAUAAGGGCACCCCAAAUCCAAAUAAAGAAUUGUUGAUUGCUGCAGAUGCUCUUACCAGAGAGCAAGAUGAACAGAAGAAUGAGGAAAAGGAUCAGGCAAACAUGACUCAAAUGUUGGAAACAUUAGAAUCGGUUGCGCAAGAGGAUCAGCUCGCUGUUUCUUCACAGCGUGCUGUCAGCGAUGCCUCUGCAAAUUUGAGUAACGAUGGUACUACUAUUAUACUUCAGGAAUCAUCUUAUGGGAAUCAUGUUACUUGUGCUAAAGCUGAUGAUAAGGAAGAUGAAGCUGAAGAAAUUUUCUCUGAUUUUGCCCCAGCCUCGGUAAUGAAUACAUCUCAAGGCCGAGAAAAACUAUUUCUAACUGAAGAAGGGAUUAUUGAUCUCAAUUCUUCUGAACUUGAAGCAUCUACUAAGUAG